UUCCUUUAACAGUCCAAGCAGUGCCAGUGAAUCGGGGGUACGAUGGUAUCAGUCUCCUUCCCCAUUUCUUCAGUCAGUCAAGAACAGGAAAUGCAAAAAGCUCUUCAUGAAGACAACCGAGAUCCCAUUAGGAGAGAUUCUUUUAGUCAGCAACCAUUUCUGGCUCCGUCGGCACACUCAGAAUUAGAAACAUCUACCGGGUCUCCAACAGACCAAAAAGGUACCCAGCUGGGAUCUCUAGGGAACAGCAAUGAUCAGACCUCAAGAUCCCAACCGCCUCCAUUGGUUACCUCUUCCAAUCCUUGUGGCAUCUCCGUUAAUGGCAGUAGCCAUUUACCAAAACAAGUCUUCCCUUGGAUGAAGGAAACAAGACACAGCUCCAAGCAGAACAACAGCCUUCCUUCUGCAGACCCCAGGAGCUCUUCGUCCAGCCUCUCCUCUUCCAAGAGAGUCCGCACGGCCUACACCCAUACCCAACUAGUGGAGCUGGAGAAAGAGUUCCAUUUCAAUAGGUACCUCUGCCGGCCACGUAGACUGGAAAUGGCCCGUCUUCUGCGGCUCUCGGAGAGGCAAAUCAAGAUCUGGUUCCAGAACAGGAGGAUGAAAUACAAGAAAGAUAGCCGGGCCAAGGGGACCGUGAGGAAAUCCCCGAGCAGAAGCCCUCCAGUGAGCGACUACUACAGUCAGAUGGAGGCAGAGUAUGAGAUGGCCGCUUCCAGCUCAUGUAGCAAGGGCCUGAGAGAGAUGUACAGUUUGGCAACCUAUCCGGACACCCUCUUUGACAGCCCCUUAACCUCUGAGUACGGGCCCCUCUCUAUGCAAGGAGAAGGCCAUCCCUACGGACCUCCCAUUCCGCAAGGGAGUCCGGACGAGAUGGGAGAAAAUUACCUGGGAAAUGCGCCGGAGGCUGACUCGCUCUUCGGCUUCCCUGACUGCUCCUUGGCAAACCUGGACUACAGCUGUGUCGCUGAAAUCCCCGGCCAGCACCAGCCUGGGCCUUCCAACUCCCUUCCCGUUUACACAGACUUAACCACACAUCCUGUGCCUCGGGGAGAUUCUCAGGGACCUGAAAAUCUGAUGCAUCUGUGAGGGGCUCCCUGCCAUGGAAACCAAGCCGGGGAAAUUGCUACAGUCCGAUUAUCUCAUUAAAAAAAAAUACCUCUAAGUGCAACCACGAGUCUUUCGCUCU